AGAUCUGUUCUUCACUCCUGCUUCAAGCAGAAUGAAACCUGAUAAAUUCCUCUCUCUGGGAUACAUCUUGUACCUGCUCUUUUUUCAACAGACCUGGGCUCAGUUCCCAAGACAGUGUGCCACUGUUGAGGCUCUGAGAAAUGGUAUGUGUUGCCCAGACCUGUCCCCACUGUUUGGGCCUGGGACUGACCCCUGUGGCUCCUCAUCAGGGCGAGGAAGGUGUGAGGCAGUGACUGCAGAUUCACGACCGCACAGCCACCAUUACCCCCAUGAUGGCAGAGAUGAUCGGGAGGCUUGGCCCACAAGGUUCUUCAAUAGGACAUGCCACUGCAAUGGCAAUUUCUCAGGACAUAACUGUGGGACUUGCCGUCCUGGAUGGAAAGGAGCUGCCUGUGACGAGAGAGUUCUCAUAGUCAGGAGAAAUCUUCUGGACUUAAGUACAGAAGAAAAGAACCACUUUGUCCAGGCCCUGGAUCUGGCAAAACGCACCAUGCAUCCUCAGUUUGUCAUCGCCACCAGGAGAUCAGAAGAAAUAUUGGGGCCAGAUGGCAACACGCCACAAUUUGAGAACAUUUCCAUUUAUAACUACUUCGUUUGGACACACUAUUAUUCGGUCAAAAAGACUUUCCUUGGGUCAGGACAGGAAAGCUUUGGUGAAGUGGAUUUCUCUCAUGAGGGACCGGCUUUUCUCACAUGGCACAGGUAUCAUCUCCUGCAGUUGGAGAGAGACAUGCAGGAAAUGUUGCAGGAUCCUUCAUUCUCCCUUCCUUACUGGAAUUUUGCAACUGGGAAGAACGUCUGUGACAUCUGCACCGAUGACCUGAUGGGAUCGAGAAGCAACUUUAACUCCACUCUUAUAAGUCUGAACUCUGUCUUUUCUCAAUGGCGAGUGGUCUGUGAAUCCUUGGAGGAUUAUGACACCCUGGGAACACUUUGUAAUAGCACCGAGGGGGGGCCAAUUAGGAGAAAUCCAGCCGGAAAUGUGGCUAGGCCAAUGGUACAACGUCUUCCUGAACCACAGGAUGUUGCUCAGUGCUUGGAAGUUGGCUUAUUUGACACCCCUCCUUUUUAUUCCAAUUCUACAAACAGUUUCCGAAAUACAGUGGAAGGUUACAGUGAUCCCACAGGGAAGUAUGACCCUGCUAUUCGAAGCCUUCACAAUUUGGCUCAUCUAUUCCUGAAUGGAACAGGGGGACAAACCCAUUUAUCUCCAAAUGAUCCUAUUUUUGUCCUCCUGCAUACUUUCACUGACGCAGUCUUUGAUGAAUGGCUGAGGAGAUAUAAUGCUGAUGUAUCCACAUUUCCAUUGGAAAAUGCCCCAAUUGGACAUAAUAGACAAUAUAAUAUGGUGCCAUUCUGGCCUCCAGUUACCAACAUAGAAAUGUUUGUUACUGCUCCAGACAAUCUGGGAUAUACUUAUGAAGUCCAAUGGCCAAGUCGGAAUUUUAGUAUUUCUGAGCUUGUAACUAUAGCAGUAGUUGCUGCUUUAUCACUGGUUGCCGUCAUUUUUGCGGGUGCUUCUUGUGUGAUUCGUGCCAGAAACAACAUGGAUGAAGCAAAUCAGCCUCUUCUCACUGAUCAGUAUCAACACUAUGCUGAUGAAUAUGAAAAAAUGGAGAAUCCUAAUCAGUCUAUGGUCUAAUGACAAACAACCAAGUCUCUUACACAUUAGCAUCACAAGAGCACCUGGUUGAAAAAGAAUAGAUAAGAGUACUGUAUUUGCUUUCCCUAGUUACUUGCUUCCUUAUGCAUGCCCACAUUGGAAUUAGAGCUUUAGAUAUUAUUUGCUAGAGCAUGGAAGAGUCACAACCUUAUUAAUAGGUUCUAUUUUUCAACUCUAUUUAAAAUGGUAGGUUGUAUGUUAAUGAACUAGAAUUUAAAUAAAAAUGAAACAUUAAAAAAUAAA